CCUCUUUUCAUGACGUCAGCAUUUUUUACCGGUGCCCUAAUACUACCGCCAUCUUGCUGUGAGCUAACUGAGAAGAAACCCAGGCAAAAAAAUUUCUAAAAAAAUCACUGAAAAUGGCAGAAGAGGCGGAAAAUGAAUUGUUGGACUACGAAGAAGAGGAGGCCGACGCCACCACGGAGGCAGCCGGUGAUGCCCCUGUGAAGAAAGACGUGAAGGGCACCUACGUGUCCAUCCACAGCUCUGGGUUCAGAGAUUUCUUACUGAAACCAGAACUGUUGAGAGCUAUUGUAGACUGUGGUUUUGAACAUCCUUCUGCAGUCCAGCACGAGUGCAUUCCUCAAGCUAUCUUGUCUAUGGACAUCCUGUGCCAGGCCAAGUCUGGUAUGGGAAAGACAGCCGUGUUUGUGCUGGCUACACUUCAGCAGCUGGAACCAGUGGACGGACAGGUCUCAGUACUUGUAGGCUGUCAUACGAGGGAGCUGGCCUUCCAGAUUAGCAAGGAGUAUGAGAGAUUCAGCAAGUACAUGAGCAACAUCCGGGUCGCUGUGUUCUUUGGUGGCAUGCCCAUCAAGAAGGACGAAGAGGUUCUGAAAAAGAACUGCCCCCACAUCGUGGUUGGAACCCCAGGACGUAUUUUGGCCCUGAUUCGCAGCAAGGCACUGAACCUGAAGCACAUCAAGCAUUUUAUUCUGGAUGAGUGUGAUAAGAUGUUGGAGCAGCUUGACAUGCGCCGUGAUGUGCAAGAUAUCUUCAGAAACACACCACAUGAGAAGCAAGUGAUGAUGUUCAGUGCCACCCUUAGCAAGGAAGUCCGUCCCAUCUGCAAGAAGUUUAUGCAAGAUCCUAUGGAAGUGUAUGUUGAUGACGACUCCAAACUGACAUUGCACGGACUGCAGCAACACUAUGUCAAGCUGAAGGAAAGUGAGAAGAACAGGAAACUCUUUGAACUCUUGGAUCUGUUGGAGUUCAACCAGGUGAUCAUAUUUGUGAAGUCUGUCCAGAGGUGCAUGGCCCUGGCAGCUCUCCUAGUGGAGCAGAACUUCCCAGCUAUUGCUAUCCACAGGGCUAUGACACAGGAAGAGAGACUGUCUCGGUACCAACAGUUCAAAGAUUUUCAGAAGAGAAUCCUGGUGGCCACCAACCUGUUUGGCAGAGGGAUGGACAUUGAGAGAGUCAAUAUUGUGUUCAACUAUGACAUGCCUGAAGACUCUGAUACCUACCUUCACAGGGUGGCCAGAGCUGGUCGUUUUGGUACCAAAGGUUUGGCCAUCACACUUGUCUCAGAUGAAAGUGAUGCCAAGAUUCUAAAUGAUGUCCAAGACAGAUUUGAGGUCAACAUUACAGAACUUCCUGAUGAAAUUGACCUUUCCUCAUACAUCGAAGGACGUUAAGGAGCUAGGAUGAUUUUAAAUUGUUUAAUAAAAAA